AUGAUCUGCCCACCUGCCGAGGUGUCAUCGUUCGGCACGUUCCUGCACGCAUGUGAGGGCGAGGCCGUCUGCAGCCUGACGCUCGACCAGCGGGUGCCGUACUUCAACGCGCCGGUGUUUCUGGAGAACAAGACGCAGAUCGGCAAGGUCGACGAGAUCUUCGGGCCCAUCAACAAGGGCAUGUUCACGGUCAAGAUGGCGGAGGGGGUGCAGGCCACGUCGUACAAGCCCGGCGACGUGUUUUACGUGGACCCCAACAAGACGCUCCCACUCGACCGGUUCCUGCCCAAACCCAAGGGCGCCGGCGGGCGGGGCGCGGGGGGCAGGUCUCAUGAACCUCUCGACGGGGCUUCCUGA